AUGAAGAGCCUCGCCGGCGGGCGGCCGCAGUACCCGUACCCCCCCCUCCACAGCCGUGACCCCCGUUACGCCCCCUCCUACCUGCUGAGCCCCACCGAGGGCAGCUUCCCCCUGGACUCCCCCCUGCUGCAGCAGCACUCGCCCCGCACAUCCCUGCACUCCGACUGCCUGGUGAUGGCGCCCGGGUUGCUCCCGGCGACUGGCGCGCUGCCCGCCGAGCACAUGUCCAGCAGCACGUUUCCCAGGAUGCACUACAGCUCGCCGUACUACAACUCCAUCCCGCGGGAGGACUGCGUGGCGCUCACGCCCACCGUGGCACACGCGCCCGCCUCCUACGCCACCUCCGCCCAUCACCACCACCAACAGCACAGCAACCGCCUCCCGUCGGGGAUGCUGGUGGAGCAGGUGGAGAAGCAGCGGCCGGGCCAGCGCGAGGGCUUCCACACGCUGCAGUACCACCGCGGGGCCGGCACCGGCGAGAGCCCGGGCCGCAUCCGCCACCUGGUGCACUCGGUGCAGAAGCUGUUCACCAAGUCGCACUCGCUGGAGGGCUCGUCCAAGGCCAACGGCGGCGGGGGCGGGGGUGGGGGGGGCGGGGGGGGCCGGGCGGACAGCGUCCACCACCAUCACCACUCCUCCACCUCCUCCCGGCACGGCGGCAGCGGCAAGCGCAGCAAGAGCAAGGAGCGACGGCACCGAUCCUCCGGCGACUGGUGGAGCUCCGACGACAACCUGGACAGCGACGGAACCUUCCGCGCCGCCACCGCCGCGCAGCAAAGCAUGAUGGGACACUGCCCCCCGCUGGAGCACCCAGCACACUUCGGCCGCCUCUCGCUCAAGACGUCCAAGAGCAGCGGCGACAUCAAGUGCUCGGCCUGCAAGAGCGCGCCGCCCGACGGCAAGUUCCUCAAGCGCAGCUCCUGGUCCACCCUCACCGUCAGCCAGGCCAAGGAGGCCUACAGGAAGUCCUCGCUCAACCUGGACAAGCCCUCCGCCUCCGCCCUGCACCACGAGCACAUGGGACACCGCCUGCACCACUACCUGCAGGUUCCCGGGGACGAGUGGAGGGGUUACCCUGGCGAUGACGAGAUUCCGUGCCGGCGGAUGCGGAGCAGCAGCUACGUGAAGGCCAUGGGAGACGAGGAGAGCGCCGGCGAGUCCGACCCCAGCCCCAAGAGCUCCCCCACCAAGGCGGUCCGCCCCGACGCCCUCGUCCUCAAGUCGGCCAUUCAGAGACCACACCUAGAACCCCAAAGUCAGGGUUAUCACCUGCAGACGUCUCGUGACAUGCGCCCCCUCCCCAACGUGAGCCUGGACCCCCCCAGCGCGUACCACCCGCCCCCCUACCGCUCACGCAACCAGAGCUACAUGCGGGCAGUCAGCACCCUGAGCCAGGCCAGCUGCGUCAGCCAGGUGAGUGAGACUGAGGUCAAUGGCCAGUUUGAGUCAGUUUGCGAGUCCGUUUUUAGCGAACUAGAGAGCCAGGCCAUGGGUGCGCUGGAUUUGCCCGGCUCCUUUCGCACGCGGAGCCACAGUUACCUGCGUGCGAUACAGGCUGGGUAUUCCCAAGACGACGACUGCUUGCCUUCCGUGACAUCCUCCACUGUCACGUCGACUCUCAGAUCCACAACAGAGGGCUACGACGGCCUGGACGCCGCGUCCUUGCUGAACGAGGACAUCAUCGAGGACGACGACGCGGCCAGCUCGUCGGCCUAUCAGGAGCUGGAGACCCUGGAGCGCGAGCACGCCGCACGCAGCCAGCACAGCACCAGCUCCACGGUCACCGCCAUCUCCGUCCCGCCGACGUCCCCCCGCGGCUACCGCGUGCCGCUCCCGCCUCGCCCGCCCCCCACGGAGCCCCCGGCCGCGCCACAAGCCCUGCAGGCCUUCAAGGAGUCGGCGGGCGUGCUGGCGGCGUUCAACAUGCAGUGGAAGGAGGAGAUCUCGGCCAUGCGCUACGAGCUGGCCGAGCUGCGCAGAGACGUGUGCGGCGAGCUCAAGACCUUCAACAGCAACUUCUUCAACUUCACGCAGUGCUACAACAUGUGGACCAUGUGCCGCGAGGCGGCGGACGGGGGAGGGAGCGGGAGGGCGGGGGCGGGCGGCCCCGGGGAGCGCGUUUCCGUGGGAACGCAGGCGAACGCGGCGCCCGUGCGGCAGGACACGGUGGACGCCUCGGUGAUGUGCCAGCCCGAGCCGUCGGUGCUGUGCCAGCCGGAACCGACCGCCUUCAGCAUCCUGGACCUGAUGCGGCCGCCGCUCAUCACCAUCCCGCCCGAGCCCGCCGUGCCCGAGCUCACCGUCACCUCCGCCAGCCCCACCUCCGCCAGCCCCGCCAGCUCGCGCACCUCCGAGGACUCCACCUGGGACCCGCCCAAGAAGCAGCGCCAGCAGCACCACCACCACCACCACCACCACCGCCCCGAACGCCACGACGGCCGCAGGAGCACCAGCCUCGAGCUCUGGAGCCGGAAGUACCCCAGCGGGCCCAUGGCCUACCUGUCCCUCUCGUUCUAUGGGGAUGAGCGGGCCCGUGGCCUACCUGUCCCUCUCGUUCUAGUGGGGAUGAGCCAGCAGUCCGCUGACCAGCGCCCUCUAGUGGGGGAGAGCCAGCAGCCAAUCAGAGACCAGCGGCCUGCCUGGAUCCAGUUCCGUCUCCCCACCGCCUGCAGUGUUGACCGCACACAACCUGCACCCUCAGCUCCAGGAGUCUCGUACCCCCCCAGCGUGAAGCAGACCCCCCCUCAGGUGCCCCCCCGCAGCGUCACGCGCCCCAUCAUCUCCGUGACGGCCCAGAGCAGCACCGAGUCCGCGCCGGACCUGCAGCUGGAGGGGGGCCUGGGCCUGGGCCUGGCGGAGGGCACUAGGGCCCUGCGGCAUCUCCCCUCGGGGCUGGACGGCGGCGGCGGGGGCAAGCGGCUGCUGUCCACAGGAAGCCAGGGCUCCAUCCAGACGUGCGACAAAGCCGUGCUGGUGUCCAAGGCAGAGGAGUACCUGAAAACGGCACGCUCGUCUGUGGGGAUACAGGUUGAGACAGCGACGGACUCGGAGUCCGAGAGGAGAGGGCUUCCACAGUUCCACUCGGUGGGCAUCCAGGUGGAGGAUUUCAAACGGCAGGGCCGGUUCAAGCGCUCCAACAGCGUGACGACGGCGGUGCAGGCGGACCUGGAGCUGGAGGGGUUUCCCUCCACGGAGGACAAGGGCCUGCAGUUCGGCGGCUUCCACUCCGAGCCCACCACGCCCACGCAGUACGGGGCGCUACGCACCGUCCGCACCCAGGGCCUCUUCAGCUACCGCGAGGACCACCGGCCGGCCAGCCCGCAGACCCCCGCCUGGAUGGCGGAGGGCCCCCCCGGGGCGGAGGGGGGGGUGGGGGUGUCGGCGGGGGCGGAGGGCGGUCGGGCAUCGCCGCUGCGGAGGGACGGCAACUGGUUCAUGCAGCUGCUGGACGGGGAGAGCCGCAGGCUGGAGGACUGGUGCCGGGACAUGGAGCAGGAGGCCGAGGAACAGCAGCUGACCGAGGACAUCCUAGGUAAAAUCAGGAGUGCGGUGGGCAGCGCUCAGCUCCUCAUGUCUCAGAAGUUCCAGCAGUUCUACUGGCUCUGUCAGCAGAACCUGGACCCCAGUGCUAUGCCCCGGCCCACCUCCCAGGACCUGGCGGGCUUCUGGGACCUGCUGCAGCUGUCCAUCGAGGACGUGUCCACCAAGUUCCAGGAGCUGCAGCAGAUCAGGGGCAACGAGUGGAAGCCUUUAGAGAGCCCAGAGAAGAAGGCAGGGAAAUGGCCACCCCCUGUUCCACGGAGGCCCUCUAGGGGGCGCGGGGCGAUGAUGCGGGACCGCUCGCUGGACCUGCAGGACCGGCAGCGGCAGGAAGCCCGGCGACGCCUCCUGGCCGCCAAACGGGCCGCGUCAUUCCGACAGAGCUCCGUCACGGAGCGCGGAGACAGCAUCGAGAUCUACAUCCCCGAGGCCCAGACCAGGCUCUGACACACACACACACUCACACACAG